GCCGCAAUUUUCUCUUCAUGUGCCUUGGGCUCGGCUACGCUGGGUGCAUGUAUGCAUGCAAAAGGUCAUCGCGCGGGCCUUGGCGCGUCGUCGUCAGUGGCUCAUAGUCAGCCUUUGGACGCCCUGUACUACCGUCCAUCUCCACGCUCAUCUCGCUCAUCUCGCUCCCUCGCCAUCCUCCAUUUGCGAGGGCUCCUGUGUGCCUUUGACUGUCUCGCUUCCCGUGCCUCUGGCUUGUCGGCCACGUUCCCACCACUUUGCGGGCGCACCCACGGCCCUCGCCAACGGUACCAUCCGCAACCGCUUCAGUCGCUGUGUAUCCCUCGUCCCUCGAGUCGGCAUGGCCGCCCUCGUGGCGCCCCAAGUCGUGUCGCACAAAGGCCCGGCCAGCGUGCUUCAGGUGGUCUCACGUGUAGGAGCAGAAUCCUUGAUUCAAUAAACAUGAUGGCAUGCCAAUGCCGUGUCACUUCCUCUAUUAUUAGUCGCUUUCCACUCGAAUCCGCCACAUGCCCUCGUGUUCAUCCCACGCC